CGCCUGAUCUCUCAAAGGAAAUACCUACUCAUUUUUCAGUGGCGGAUAAAAUAUUUUUAUAUUUUCAUUAUUUAUUGCUGAUGUAACAUAACAAUUGCUAGCUAUUUUGAAGUAUUGAUAACCUUUGCAGUAUGUGUAUAAAUAUUUCUUGGGGGAAUAAAAAUGAUAAUAUCUAUUUGAAAUGCGCCUUAUUCUGAUGGCAUACUUCUUUGCUAUGUUCAAGUACGGUGUAUUCAAAAAAAUAUUAGUCUCCCCAAAUGACGAGUUAGCAUACGUAGAUAAUCCCGUGGAGUCCGGUUUAUCCGGCCAUUGGCUGCCACUCAGCAUAUUAAAGAGGAUUAUGGAGAUGCGAGUGGAAUCUCGGCCAGAAUAUGCUCCCAAAAAACUUCAUUUCAUUAUAACUGAAAAGUAUAUAAAGCCGAGCGCAUAUACUACGGACAGAAACAAAUUGGCGACUUAUAAAGUCAUAUCAAGCAGCAAAACGGCAGCAAUAACAACAAAUAAUAAUGAGGUAGCAACAACAUCUGAGUCAAACAAGAAAUUGUCAGGCGAAGAAUUACAGGACACAAGUGAAACGAAAAUCAAUACAACAACAACAGAAACAAUUACAAAUGCCAAAUUAACUUCUUCAGUGAUUGUUGAAACUACACCAUCUAUGCAAGAAGAAGUAGAAGAUUCUACAAUAACGAAAACAACACAAAAGUUGUCAUCGGAACUCACAGAAGUAGCGACUACGGAAAUAAGUACCACAUUAGAUAAAACAGUGCCAGAAACAACAGUCGGUUUAACAAAAGAAACAACAGAAGGAGUUACUAAUGAAUCGACGACUGAAGUCAGUAAAGAACCUACAACAGAAUCCACCACUUUAUUGACAACUCCCAAAAUGACAUCUCAUCCAGGUACAACUGUUGAUGAAACCGGAAAUCCUUUUUACUGAAACUUAUUAUUUAUUAACAAUUAAGGCAAAAAUGAUACGUUUACAGAAUUACAAAAAUAAAGAUGUGUUUUUCGGAUUGGAAA